ACUCUCUUGGGUCUCCCAAAUUCGCAACCCUAGAUAAGAACGGCAGUCUCACAGAAGCAAACCAACCUCUCUCUCCAAAUGGCGGCUGUAACCCAAUGUGGCUCCAAACAUCUGAUGGAUUCCAGCGAACAGGGAUAUGGCAGCGAUGAGCAAGUUACCAAGCUUGCACGCUUUACUCCUGAGGUGGAUUCCAGCAAAGAGGAAUACGUUAGUGAGUUGCUGGUUCCAAGUGGUGCAGACAACGAAAAAGCUGGAGAGGAGCAGUUUGCCAAGCAUGCUCGCAUUACUGCUGAGCUUCCUCCCAGUGGUGAUAGAGUCUGUCUCAGCCCACCAGCUGUUCCAUGGAGGAAAGACUCUGCAAUAGUUGGCACUGGCAUGCCCUUCAGGGUUUGGCUUAGGAAGGAGCUGUCAUCUUCUAGGAAGCUCCCACCUUCAGAGAUGCCACCUUCAGUGCUGCAACGGUUCAUCUUUAGGAAGCCAGACGGAUCAACGAGGACAUUGACUUUAAGAAGGGAGCUUCCCGUUUUUAAAGGUGCAGUGGUUCAUCUGUAGGAAGCAACGAGUACGUUGAAUUUAAGAAGGCAGCCUCCCACCUUAAGAGGUGCAGCGGUGCAUCUUUGGGAAGCCGGACGGAUCAAAGAGUACUUUUGAUUUUAAGAAGGCGCUUUGCAUAGUAAAUUCUAGUAGGACUAGCUCCUUUGGUUUCAGUUGAAGACAGACAUCUCGUAUUUCGUUUGAACUACUAUUUUGGUCCCUUUAAAAUAUGGCUGCUUUCUUUUU